UCCGAACACAUUUGAAGCAAAGGAAAUAACUGGGUUUGCGUUUCGCGUUGCUGUGAAACUUGAAGAAGAAGAAGAAGACGAUGAAGAACAACACGAGGGCAUUGAUUCUGCUCUUGAUCUUCACCCAUGCCUUCGCCGAACAAAUCUUCCCCGUUCAUAUCGCUAGCAUAUUCGGCGGCGGCGGCGGCGGAACCAGCAGCUCUCGUGAACCCAAAUACAAAAUCGAAUUCCACCCCGAAGAUUCCCCUUUCCACCCUGAGGAUGAUCAGGAAUCGAUAAUUAUGCCGGAUAAAAAUGGGCAGAAAUUUGUUUGUUAUCUGCCUAAGGUGGAGAGGGAGAAAAGUGGGAAGCCUGUUAUUCAGCACAAUGUUAGCAGCAUGAUUGUUGAAACUGAGAAGAGGGUUAAACAGAAGACGCCGGAUGAAUUGCUUGAAGUGUUGAAGGGUCCAUGCUUUCUCAGACAAGAAGGUUGGUGGUCUUAUGAAUUUUGCUAUCAGAAGAGGUUGAGGCAACUACAUUUGGAGGAUGACAAGGUAGUCCAGGAGUUUGUCUUGGGUGUGUAUGAUCCUGAGGCUACAGCUGCGUUUAACCAAAAUCUUUCUGACAUUUCUACAUUGAAGGAUCCCCGCUCAAAGGAUGCAUCUCAAAGGUAUCAUGCUCACCAGUAUACUAAUGGAACCAUAUGUGAUCUUACCAAUAAGCCUAGAGAGACCGAGGUGCGGUUUGUAUGCUCGGAACCCAGAGCAAUGAUUAGUUCAAUAACAGAGAUUUCCACCUGCAAAUAUGCUCUUACAAUUCAAUGCCCUACGCUAUGCAAGCACCCACUGUUUCAAGAGGAGAGACCAGUAUGGCACACCAUCGACUGUAAUGUACUACCAAAGGAUUACAAGGAUGCUAAAGGGAGACAAGAAAAUAGAGAUGUGGAGAUUGUUAUGGUCACAGACAAUGAAAUUAAUGAUCCUGAACAAUGAUGUGAAUAUACACAACUGAGAAUGGAAGGGGAAAAAAUAGAGCAAGUUGUCAGCAUGUGUUUUCUACUACGGAAAAACAGCAGAUGGACAUAUUCGGAUGCAUGAAACCGGGGAAUGUGUGAAUCAUUUGAUGUGCAGUGCAUACGUUGCUAUAUGUAGUUUUGCCAUACAUAUAACUGGCCCAACAGGCACAACCCAAUGGCAUAGUCAUAGUCGGCAUUCCUAUUUAGAGUACCAGACUGAAAAUGAGCUGUUAAAUAUUUGUAGUUAAUUGAUUUUGUUAUAAACUAGUGCUUCAUACUCGCUAAAUAGUGUUAGAGUUCGUUCAGUACAAUUAUACCUUAUAUGCAAGAGUAUUUUGGUCUGACAAAAAUUCCUUCAA